GAGGAAAACAAUUCUAUUUUUAGACUAAACCGGGAUUUGAUGAUCGCUGAUAUAUCCCACAAUGCAGCGCUGCAUGCUACAAAGCCAGCGGCCUCCUUCGAAUUAGCAGCAGUCUUGUCAUGGCGACGAGGUUGCUGGUUAUUGCUCUGAGAGAAAUGCUGUGAGUUCUGUCGUCUUCCAACCCAAUAUUCUACCUAAGAGAAUGAUAAAAAACCGGCUUAAAGACAAAGAUGGAUACACGAGAAGAGCUGGAUGUGUCUGUUUUAAAAGCGAGCAGGAGGAAGAGGUUUUGACUCGUUUAUGAUGCACAUGGCAAUGUUCGACCUCGUUGUGGCUCGAUCUUUCUAAGUGCCCUGUCUCGGUUUUAUCCUUUAGGUGCUGUUAGUUUCGAGCUGUCGACAUCCUGGUAGAUGGGUGGUCCCUUCUGGAGGUGUCGAACGUGGUGAAGACUGGAAAGAAGCUGCUGUUCGUGAAGUUGAAGAAGAAGUUAGUAUCAGACUGUUCGAAACAGGAUAAUUUAUAAGCCAGUAGACCAAAACAGUUCCUAUUUUUCUCUGUUUGUUUACUUUCCUUUAAACCCUCACCACAUCAACUUGUUCUCUUUACAGGCUGGAGUUCGUGGAACGCUUGGUCGUUUUGUUGGAGAAUUCCAGGUUUGUUUUGACUAUUGCUUUACGCUUUACGUUUUAAACCUUCUUCUUUUUCGAGUUCGUAUUUCUAUAGAUUCUUGUACUAAUUCCAUUGUGAUUUGUUCAUCUUCUCUUCAGAACGAUGUCAACCAAACUCGAACGGCUGUUUACGUCUUAAUUGUCACAGAAAUGCUUGAUAAAUGGGAAGAAGGUAGGGGUUUUGUCUAACAUGACAUUUCUUUCCCUUCUGCAUUGCCUUCAAACAACAGCAUCGUAAGCUGACGCGUGUAUUCUAAUACCAGUGAUGCGACGUUCAUUGUUUACAGAGAUUGUAUAAAGCUUCAAAAAGCGGCAGAAACGGUAGAUUACUGUUACUUUACGCAUAUUCACACCUCUUAAUCUCUACCUCUCUGGUUGUGUUUUUCAGACAACUCUUUUAUGCAUCAAUUACGAUCAAACGUUCAGGGUUGCAACCGUGCAUGUGUAGAAAUAGUUUGGGGCUGACUGUUACGUUGUAAAUUUUAAUUUUAAAUCGGCCAAAGUCUAUUUCUCAUUUCAUUUUAACGUAGUGGUAAUUGUGGGAUGACUACAUAAUAGAUUCCCACCGAUGGGUUUUUUUAAUAACGGAACAGAAUGUUGUUUUCCUUCGUCGUGAUGGGUUAGAGAAGUCGAGUCAUGAAAGCUUACCGACGUCUUUCAUUUCUGUGUUACAUGGAUAGGAUGUUACGAUUCUUGAUGCUUUGUAAUCCCUUGAUAUUCACUCCAAGACAAAUUAAGCAAUUGUUUUGUGCAGAACAAAGAUCAGCAAAACAAGACGUUUUUCCUUUAGAUUUGCAGGAAGAGGUCAUCCAUUAUUCACUAGAUGUAGACCCCUUUCCAAAACAUAGUUGAAGGAUGCAAUGUGUUCAGUUUUACGAUCAGUUUUAGAGCAACACGAUCAAAGAUGUGGAUAGCAAAAUGUCACACCAAUAUAUAUCACAUAUAUCAACCUUGCAAGCUUGUGUUCAUGACAGUUUAGCACAGAGUAUGCAUUUGCUUGGCAAGUUUUCAUAAUUCAAGAACCAGUUAUCAGUUUAAUUAUUAAUACAGUGACAAUCUGCUUUAGUUUAGUUGAUUCAUUUUGUGGCAGAUUGUUUUGCUUAGCAUUUGAUAAAGUCUAACAAAUGAAAAAUCUUUCAUCCAGUUAGCUAGUUGAACUCAAAGAAGCUGGUUUUGAAAGGGAAUAGAGAACAUUCAAAUCCUUGACCACUAGAAUUUAAAAACAAUCAGGUCAAGGUAAUUGCUUUUUCUUUAUUACAAAAUGGUGUGGGACAAUUUUACAAUAUUGAUGUUUUCCAAUUAAAUUUACGUAAUGUAGAGAAAAGGUUUUGUGGCUUUCUUUUGGACAUAAGUGUCAGUAUUCUGUACAAAAUCAUCAAAUGUAGUUAUCAAAAACAUACUGAAAGAAAAAAAAAACUAAAUGGGAUUUUUUAUGGUGUCAAUCUACACAAAGCAAAUACAAAUAUCAGUUUUCAAGGAGAGCUUUUCAGUUAUAAGUCAAGUUUUCACAGUAAGGUGAUGUUUAGUCUGGGAUUAUAAAGUUUAAAGAUUCCAAUGUACAAACAAAGGCUGUUGAUAGUUUCACACUCUACACUCUAGAGUGGUUAUGCAAAUUCAGGUCAUAAUUUAUUAGAGUAAUUUCAGGAUCUCACAUGAACUGACAUUAGUUUUACAAAAAAAUGUUGGUUUUUCAGGACCAAGACAGCUUUGUUAGUGGCAAAGAAGUGAAUCAAAAUGCCCUCUCUGUUAGUAGAACAGUACAACCAAAAGGACACUUUACCCAGGGAUUUAUAUUUACAUGGGCCUUUGAAUAAUGAACAACUCAGAAUUAAAAAAAAAUCACCACAGCCAUUAAGGGAGAGGUACAUGGAGACAAACAUUGAGCAGAUGUCAUUAAGAUUUGAUGAUGAUAAAGACGCUAUUUACACCUAAUGUGCAAAAUUUGACCUUAAAGUUGUUGUAUGUUUUGACCUUGCUUCCUUUGGAGAAACUUAUUUGCAUUCAGAGGUAACUGCUAUCAAAAAGCUUGUGACAUUUUUUACUAGAACUGAAACUUUCUUUGUGUAAUUUUAAAUUGAGGCUGCUAAUGAAAUUGCUCUAAACUGGCAAGCUUUCCCAAAACAAAGUCAAUAGCUUUGGUUGAAUGCUUAAAACUACAAUACAUUUUAAGUUAAAAUGAUCAGGAGGUUUAACAACCCAAACACUUUAUUUCAUAGCAGAAGCUUGAUCACAGCUCUGCAUCAAUAACUUGUGUUGUAACACACUAUUUUCAUUAUCUACAUAUACUGCCAGGAUUUUAGAGUGAACAACUUUACAUUAAUAUGAGAAAAGUGAUGGUAGAGAUGUAUGAUGUCCUGACUAUCUGAAUUUGCUCUCCUAAACAAAAUCAAGUUUUGUGUGUCCCAUCAAACUCUUUAAGAGAAAGAUUUAUUGCAUUUCCCUGUACCUGAAAUCUUGUUGCAAAAAAGAUUAAAUGCAUGACCAUUUUGUGCUCUGAUAAAUCUUUUAUGAUGCAUAUUACAAAUAGCUUGUAUAGUGCAUUCUGCAUUCUCAUAUUGGAUACAGAGGGAGGAAGACAGUCCUUUAAGGUUGAGUCAGUGGGGUACAGUAGACUUAACUGUAUAUGCUUCAACUGGUAGUCUGUCAGAAGAAUCUAUUUGUCAAUGUUCUUUGAGCCCAAAUAUGCUUGAGGCUGUGAUACUCCUCCUCUAUCUGCUCUUCUCCAGCCUGGUCCAUCAUGAGGGAUAAGAGUUUCACUGAAAAACACAACCAGGCCUUUCUGUAUGGAGUCCCUCUUUUUAACCAGCUUCAUCUGCUGCAUUGAUAUUUACCUUUUCUUUCUUCUUUUGUCACCCAGAUCGCACCAGGUCUUGGUUUCCCAUAGAAACUGCAAAAGAAAUGUUGAAUGCCAAACCAUAUCAGCAACAAUACUUGGAUAAAGCUUGUAGCAACAGGUGACAAAGCAAGCCCAACCAGUAGAGCUGGUUUGUAUUGUCUUAAUGUUGAAGCAGCAAAGAGUGUCUUUGUAAAAUUAUGUAAUUGUUUGAGUCAAAGUUUUGAUUUUUGUAUGUUACCUUUGAAGCUUUUGCCUCUGAGGAGUGAUCAGUAUAUUUAUCCUUUUAAUAAUUUCAAAUUGCUAAACUGUGUAAUUACAGUGAAGUAGCUCUAUAGUUACCUUUAAUAGUUGUCAGAUCUUGGGAGCUACAGGAUUUUAAACGGAUAGUUGAGGGUAAAUAAGAAAGUGCUUUAGUUAUUCAAAGUAACCAGUAAUGUAUCCAAAGAAAAAAAGUCUGUUUUAUCUUAGAAACGAAGAUGUAGACACAAAGAGUAACUCAAACAGAGAAAUUAUCAGUAUACACUGUCAUAUAGUUAUAUUUUCAUACCUUGUGACAAUACAUUUUUUGUUCAAUUGGUUUUCAAAUGUAUGGCUGGUUAAUUCAAGCUUUGAUGGAUAGCACUCUCUUAUACUUCACGUGGUGUGAUUCUGUUUGGUAGAUGGACAUGUACAUGUAAUUUACCCAAAACUCUUCAAGUGGCAUGAGUUACCAACUUGCAUAUUAAUCUUGUAUUACAAUACUUGUACUUACUCAAGAAAAUUGUCUGUGUGAAUGAAUAACAAUCAAGAAAGGGUAAUGGUCUUUUUUCUCCUCUUAGAAAUUAGUUUCUGGUCACAGCUGCAACUUGAAUGGUUUAUGUGAUAACACACAUGUACAUUAUUUGAAGAAAGUAUCACUGGACAGUAGUUGUGAGAAAUUUAGUUAAGGGUUCAGUCACAUGUUAUGUACAAAGGAGGUCGGGGGAUGGUUGUUUUGGUGAUGAAAGUGAGCAAAAAAGUAAGGCAGUGUGCAAAAAGUUUGCUUUCCUUGGAGAGGCCAAAUUAAUAACUCAGAGUAAAACAACUCUAGUAUAUUAUAUUCAGGUAACAAUGUGAUAUGUAUAUGAAAUAAUUUUAGACUAUAUGAUGAUAAGAGACAGUUGUGUUUGCUCCAAACUUGGUAGUUAAUCACCUUAUAAGUGUGCCUGUGUUAGUGAUUCUUUGCCAUGGGUUAACUCAAAAUUUCAUGACUUCUUUCAGAAAUAAUUUCUUCUCUUCUAUGUUUGGAACUGAUGUUACUUGUUAGGGACUGAGGCCCUUCUUAAACUGAACACUGUAAUUGUAUUUUUCUGGAGUGAUAUAAUUAUUUAAAUUGCCAGUGGUUUUGUUAAUGGAAGUCUGAAUCUGAUAUGUGUAUUUCUUUCAGACUCUUUUUAUGAUGAUUGUAUGAUUUGAUUACUCUGAGUUUUAUAUUUUCAUGCCACUGAGGGCAAUGAUUACAUCAGUUUUUUCAAAUCAAUCGUAGUGUAGUUUACCAAAACCUGUGCAAUCCAGGAUUACUUACCAUACUCAACUGAAAAUUGCUCCAAAACUUGAAAUAUAACAUCAUUUAGAUGUUUUCUUUUUCCUCUAUAGUAGAGUUUAAGUUCUGAACAAAAGACUGUUGACAUAGUUGUGUGUAUUUCGUUCACUAUCUUAGAAUGUUUAUGUAAUUGUGUAAGAUGUAGCGGUGAAGGGCCUGUAACACAAAGUCCAACGAAAGUUAUCUGAUUGAAUGGUCCCAGACAGUAAAUACAAGACUGCUAAAUUCUUCCACUCAUGAACGUGAUCUACAUGUAUUUUCUCAUUGUGAUUCCAAUAUGUUAUCCUGUAAUCAGGUUAUGAGAUCAGAUGUGGUAGUUUGUUAGCAAAUAGUGGGUGUUCUCCUGACAUAAACCCAAAUUCUCUUGUCUAAUUUGCAAUAAAUUGUAGGGCAGUCAGUUGGGAGAAUACCUUAUUGAAUCUUGGGAGUUGUUUUACUUAUGUUAGCUCCACAAAUAUUACAUCAGAGUGAGAAAAAAUUAAGCAAAAGCCAAAAUAAAAGAGUCUGUAUAAAGAAAUUAUUCAAUGCAUACUCAAUCACAAGUCAUUUGUCUUUCAAUUCAUACCAGAAGGGUUGUUUUUUUAUAAAAAGUAAAUGGAAUUGUUGUAAUAGAGUGUUCUGUUACAGCCCUUCAAUUACAGCAAACUAUUGACCAUUAAGAUAUUAAUUAAUUGUUCAAAACUUAAAUGAGUUCAAGUACCCUGGGGUUUCAAUAACUUUUUACUCAAUAAGCAGCAGAAAAUGGUUUAAUAGGCAGCUGUGCUGCAAGGUGAAUCCCAAACACUAGAGCCUGCUUGUAAACCAGACAGAUGGUGGAAAGAGGUCUUGCAGCUGGUGGUAGACUGCUGGUAACAGACUUUUAUUGCAACCAGAUAAUUUUGUUUCUAUCAACUGAUUUCAUAAUGUAAAUUAGCCACUGCAAAGAGUUCAAAGCUAUUGCUUUGAGCAUUAGCCUUUCAUCAGAGCAAAGGGUUUGACAAAGGGCUAACGCUCAUAAUGUCAGCUUUGAACUCUUUAGGAUGGCUAAUUUACAUUAGUAACUCAGUUGAUGAAACCAAAAUUAUCAUUUAUGCUCUCCCACCAUCACAGCACCACAGUUUCUUUAGAAACUUAUUUCCUUUUGUUGAAAUCCCCAGGUACUUCAACAGAGAGAUUAGUGCAUACUAUGUGUGGGAUAGUUAACUUUGAUUUUAUAGUGAGGAGCAAUUCUUUAUUAGAAAACUGAUAACUUUGCUAAAUAAAGUACAAUUUAGAGCUAAAAAGUGAAAUUUAUGAUUAUAAAAUAAAUGUAAUGUUUUUUAUGUGUGGAGUUGUGAAAAUUGAAUCUUAUGAAGCUUUAGAGAUAUUAAAUUAUGUUUGUCAAAAAUUUGUUGGAUAUUUUUUGACUGAUGUAACAAGGGCGGUGAAACCAAAUGAUUUUGAAGUUUUCCUAAAGUCAUCUGGGAGUCUGGUGUUAAUCCUCAGUCAAUUUUCUUCGCAGCCAGAGAGGAAAAAUAUUUGAUAUUUUAUUCUCUUGAUCACUUGAAAACAAAGUUUGUCAAACUCCACUCAAACAUAUUGGUUAGACUUGACUAGCAUCCCCUUUCCAGCUCCCAAUGUCAAAUUAUUUUGCCCUUUUCCCUGACCAUGAAGCACAUUGCAAAUGAUGAUUAAAACCAAAGGAAAUGCAAACAUACUAGCCAAUUAGAACAUGGGAGAUAGAACAAAGAGCAGAUGAGAAGUAAAAAGUGGGAACAAAUAAACACCUUGACGCAUAUGUGGUUUAACAAUGCCUGUCUUCUGUUUGCAUCUGAUUGGUCAACAGGACGGCACAAGUUUUCUAGACCCGUUACAGAGCAAAGUUAGAGGGAACCAAUACAUUCCUGGAUCGUAUUUGGCACAAUCAACACUCUUCUCUUAUAAGUACUUUUAAUUUGGGGGAGGAAUCAGAGUGGGUGCUGUGCACUGGGCUUAAACAACUUACAGAAGGGUGUUGAUGUGUAGUGAUUGUUCCUAAGAGUGGCAAUGUAAAAAUAUCCUUGUCAAACAAGCCAACAAGGAAUGCACAGAAAGAAAGCAUGGGCACUGGAUGAGAUGUAUUUCAAGCUUUUAAAACAACAUCUCUAACCUGGGCCAGCUGUAUGUUUCCUCCUGGGUAUAUUGUGAAAAAGAAAUUGAUUCAAGGCCUGUACAUAGUAUGCUACAGUAUAAGACAGAUUUACUUUGAGGGUGUCAGCUUUGACACAAUCAACAAUUCAAAACGUUGCUUUUUUGGGUGUUCCAUGUUCUCCAUACUCAUCUCUUGUUAUUUCCUUUGUUACUGACAAUAAGAAUUCAUUUAACAAUCAAAGCUUCUCAGGUUGGUAAUCAUUUUCUUUGUGCUCUUAAUCUUAAGGAAUGAUUUAGUGAUAUUAUCGUAAGGAGAAAUUAGAUGCUGAUCACUGUUAGAUUACUAGAGAAGGUAAAAAACAUCAAAUAGCAAAACAACAACCGGAAAAUUUUGGCAGCUAUAAUUCGGAGAGAGGUAGUUGUUAUCUGAAUAUCGUUUUUUUUACGGUUGAGGGGCGGCCUUACUUGAGGGCAGAAAGGCACAGGUGCAAGCCGUUAUAACAGGGCUCUUGGGAUUCUCCAUUUCUCUUGGCUUCUUUUCACUCCUGUCCAUUUUUGGUGCAGAUGUAGUGCCCUUCUCAAAUCUACAGCUAAAGCAAUGUUGAAAAAACGCUCUCAAUCCGGAUCACCCCAAGCAUGCGGUAUAGCCGUACACCCCCUUCCCACCCCCUUACCCUCCUGUGACAGAUUGUUUUUUUUGCCGGUCACGCGAUUAUUGGUUCGGUUACCAAGCAAGUUAGACUAGCAAGCUGCGCCGGUUUUUUUGGCCGAGAUAAAUAAUGAAUGUUUAAAUAGAUAAUGUUAAGUAGUUCUUCGCAACGAUCAGGCUUUCUUUGAUCAAAUUUAUCAGAAUGAUAGACGUGAAAUACGUUACUGAUGUUUUGUAUGGAGGUGUCGACUUCACUUUGCCCGGAAACGGGGGUAAAGAAUGCGCCGAGUUCUUGCCUCUGGGGCAGAGAGUUGUGGAAACUGUAGUAUACGAACUCUUUACUAUCUUGGUGUUCUGGAAAAUGUUAGGGAAAGUUUCUGUACCAGAAGAUUUGCCGGCGUACAGAGAAGGUAGUGGAGUUGGUAAAAGACUUCUUUUGGUCGUACACUGCCUCGUGUUUGGGAUAGAAAUUGGUUUCAAAUUUGCCACCAAGCAGGUUAUUUUCCUCCUCAAUCCUUGUCAUGUUAUAACAGCGAUUCAGGUAAGAUUUGUGUCUUGUUGUCACCUACUCCUUUGUAUCUUUCUAGACGGGAAAACAAUGAAUAGAAUUGAUCGCAAUUUGCCGACGGAUCUCAAGAAGGACUUGAGCAUUUUAAUUUUUUUAGUGAAAAUCGUUGUUUGAUUUCCGCUAUUUGCUGUAAUUGGAGACUGAGAUACUUUUAGAAUGAAAUCGACCUCAGCAAAUUUGACAUCUAACCUAGAACUGCUUCUACAUAAGUGGAGUUCCAUAUGAGUGUAUCUUUUUUGUUGUUGUUGGAUAUGACUGAAAUUAAGGUAGAAAAUUAAUCGAUUUUUGUCAUAUAAAGCUUCCAGAAGGCCAGGCCAAAUCGCCGGGUUGUUCUUUUUGGUUCACGUCAGAAGGAACUUGAGAAAUGACAGUGUAAGAGUUUUGGAACUACAAAUGAAAAGAGAAAGCAUGUUUAAUAAACUUGAGAGUUAUCGAUUGGAGUAAAUUCAGUGCGAGCCACAUUUUCCUACAUUGCGUGAUCACUGUUAAGUUUUAUAGUUAGGCUGAGAAGGAGCGGGGGAGAGGGUCUGUUUUGCCCAAACGUCAGCCCUACUUUCACCAGAGGUAAGGUGAUGGGUAAAGGAACGGGCUUAGUCCUGUUUAUUACCCAUACUUCACAAUGCAGACAGAUCUUUGGUAAAAGAACACAAUGACUCAAACAGUAGACUACUUUUGAGACUAAGGCUUUGUUUUUAACUGCUAUUGGGAUAUUUGGAAAUCUUUCAGACAGACUAUGUUUGGAGUGUGACCUUUAAUUUCUGUAGUUUUUCAUUAAGUACACCAAAAGUGGACUGUUACCUCUGGUCUAAAUCGUCAAAUAUGUGCAAAGUUAUUUUGUACAAAAUUCAUUCUAACCAUAAUUAAAUCACCAAGUUUGGCUGCAUGAAAGCUGCUCAAGAUUCAUUUUUUUUUUCCCUUAGAUAUAUUUGUUAGUUGAACCUCCAAGUAAACGUGUCUUAUGGGUUUUUAGGUAAGUACCCAAAACUGGUAAAUGAUUACUCAUUUCAUCAUUGGUAUGGGAGAUAGUGGCAAAUGACCCUUUUAUGGAAAUGUAAUAGGAGAUUUGAAAAAAUUGUUUUACCUUGGCAGGGGAAGAAACUCUUCUAUUGCCUUGCUUUGGGAAAAGUUAUGUGCCCCCCCCUCCUCCCCUGAAUGAUCAGUAAUAGGUGCAUAAUAGAUACUGAGAUCUUCAGAUUUUUUUUGCUGAUCUCUAAUGAAAUAGGCUGCAUUCUUAUCAUUUUUACAGCAUUAUCUUUUGAGCAAGUUGAGAAUUUUUGUCAAAAGCUGUCCACUCAGGCUCAUGGGUGACUUGCCAGACCUCUUUUCUGCAAAGACAUUUUGUUUUUAUCAAUGGCAAAAUUGAUAAAUUACACAAUGUAAACAUCCUUUUUUCCCAUGAUGAACUUAACAGUCUGUGAACUUUGCAUCAAACUUUGCUCUUUGUCUCAAAGUUAGGAACAAGUAUAGGUGAAAAUUCCUUUCCUUGGUCAUAGGAUUCACAAUUACUUAUUAUUUGGUGCUCUUCAAGCAAUCCUGUUUCCUGUUGUCAAUACUAGAUUGGUAAGUUGACAGAAGUAAUUUAAUGAAACAAGUAUGUUUUUAAUUUAUUUUCCUUGGUAAAUUUCAGGGUUGUCUUGUGAUGUGAAAAAUUGCUGCUCAGUACUAUAUAAAGUACAAACAACUCAAAGAUUUCAACUUAUUGACAUGAACAUUGUGUUAUAAUUUCUUCAACUUAAAUUUUUUCUUCUCUCAUCUCAGUCUGCUGAUUAACAUUCAACAAAACCUGGUAUCAUGGACUCCUUCCAAAUUUUUUUAUUAAAUUAGGUUACAUUGGUACUAACAAGUAGGAAGCACAUGCAGUUGAACAAAGAAAAUGUUUUCCAGUUUUAAAAAAUAAAAUAUUACUUUCAGUUACCAUUUGAAGUUGCAACUUAUUGGAUACAGCACACCCUUAUUCUUCUUGUUGUGCCUUUUUUUCUUGUUUCCCUUCAAGGUAUGUGCCUUUUAUUACCUGACUUGUAACACUCUUUAACCCUUCAACUCUCAAGAUCUGAUUGUUAAUUCUCCCCUCUAAAUGCAACACAUUUCCUUGAAAAUAAAGUAUGAGAAUUUGCUGUUAGAUCAAGAUAACAACUUCUUCCUGAUAAGUUUGAGUUUUCUCAUUACCUGUUUGCUGGACAAUGUGUGGAAAUUAUAGCGAGAAGUCACCUGUUAAUCACUUCUGAGAUUUAACCCUUUAACUCCCACAAGUGACUGAGACAGAAUUUCUGCUAAAAGUAUCUAUACAAUACCAACCAGAUAAGUGAUGAGGCUAAAGAAAAAUAUCAAUUUGGGGAUAAUAAGGCGAUCCAAUACUAAAUUCUCUGAAUUUACAUUAAAAGAAUUGUAUAGUUGAGAGAAUGGAGAAUUAAAAAUUUGAUCUGGGAGUGAAAGGGUUAAGGAAAAUGUGUUUGUGACCCAAUAAAUGUCAUUCAUUACUACUUCCUCUGUGUGAGCUACUCAUAGUUUUAAUGUUGGUUUGGAAGUUUAAUUUUAUAACAGGAGUAGGGAAAUACAGUUCAGAUUGUUAAAUGUCAAGGACACUUUUUGGAGGAAUUACUCAUCACUUGAAACCUUUUACAACCGAACAUCAGUAUGCAUAUUCUUAAUACUGUUCUCUCUAAGGUGCUGGAAAGGAGAACUUGUUCAACAACCAAGAACUUCCUUAGUUGGUGGUCAUUGCCUCUAUUCUGAUAAUAGAAAUGUUUGAUACAAGGAUGAUACUCUAGGGAGAAAUAAUAAGCCGGUCACUCACAAGGGUUGGGCUUAAAUUUGAUGGAUGGCCAAAAAUGUUUUCAAUUCUUACAGUUAGUGAAAAACUGACCUUUUUUUUUCUCCUUUCUUCUUUAUUUUCCUGUAACAGGUCCAUUUGUUUUGGAACCAGUGUGGGACUUCACAUGGGCAACUUUGACUUUUACCUUUUUCUCUUUUUAUAUGCUGCUGUUUCUCCAGCCAUUAGGAAUGGUAAGUUGUGAGCUCUAAAAGAGAAUGAAAGCAUUCUUGGGUUUCGUAUAGCUCGGCUAAUUUCAGAGUGACCUUUAAGUACUGUUUUGGUGGAAGCUCUUAAGCAGAAACGAUUGGAAAAGCAGGCAAGAAAAAGUGUUUACAGGGAGAAAAAAGUAGUGGCUAAAGCAUAUAUCUCACCUUGUACCUUUACCAUGCUUGUGCCUUGACUGAUUCAAAUUGAUUAAGACACCUUUUGAUCCCAAGAUCUCAUCAGUGAUUCUCCUUACUGUCUACCAUACAAUUCUUAUGAUGUUAGUUUGGAGAAUUUGGUAAGAAUUUAUCUGCUUGAUCUUGUCUUGGUAUCGUAAGGAGAAGUUCUGUUUUGGUCACUCUUGAGAAUUAAACAGCUAUAUUUUAUCAACACAUCAGAUCCAUGUCUCUAACUUAAUUGCACAAUAAAGUAAAAACAUGACAUUUUUAACCUGAGUGUUUUAAGGCAAGAACCAGCUUUCCCUCAAAUAAUGAUCAGAAAAAAUUUCUUGUCUGGCUGUACUAGACUAUAACUUGUCCAGCUUGUGGGGCUGACCCCCCCUCCCUCUUUUAACCCCUGAGAGUGACCAGCAUCUAAUUUCUCCUUACAAUAUCCCCCAGGAUCAAACAUUAGGGUCACAAGAAUAAAGGAAAUGAUCACGAAAAAAAGAAGCUCUUAAUUGUUAAACAAAUUCUCCUUGCCAGCACCUUAGGAAAUGUAUAGAGAACAGUAUGGAGAAUAUUCAUUCUGAUGUUUAAGAGUGUAAAGGGUUAAAUUGGAAUAUAAAGCAAAGGGGUAAGUCUGAAUACAAGACUGACACUCAUAGUCACCAAACUGUUGAUUGGAAUGGUCCCCUUUCUGCAGGAUGGCGAUAUAUUGAUUAAUUGCAGAUUACAUCAAAGUAAUUUUUGAUUUUUAGCCUCACUAAAAAUGAUUAUCAGAGCAAAGUGGUGAGAUGUGUUCUGUUCUGAGCCAUCUUCAAAAUAUACAAUAGGUGUGAAAAAAAUUUUUAGUAAUGACAGUAACCAUGGUAAUGAAAUUAUCCAUGUUAUUUUACAGAUCCUUCAUAUAAACCUGAAUAACAUGGUUUGUCCAGCUGUUAGCGACCCAUUCAGUGGACCAUAUUAUCGAAUCAUAGCCUGCUGUCAUCAACCAUUGUUGAUAUUUUUAAUUGGAAAAAUAUUUUGCAUUGUUGGACACCAAUUUGUGAAAGCAUUGUAUGGGACAGAGGGGAAAAAAGAAUAAUGACUUUUCAGUGAUGAUAUUCAUAACUGUUUAUACUUACUGUUCAUUUAGCUGUGAUGCUUGCUUUAAACCUACUUAUUAAAUGCAUGCAUACUGUUUAAUAGCCAAUUCUAAAUUAAUUUUAGUUUCAGUAAUUUUUUAGAAUACAGUAAAAUACACUGCUGCAUUGUAAGACAUUUGUUGCACAUAAAUGACUUGCAAUGCUUGUCAUUUUACAUAAUUAUCUUUAUAUUUCUAAGGUCAUUUUCACAAUUUAAGCUUUAGAAUGGGUAGUUAAAGAAAUUGUAAAUUGCUUCAAAGGAGAUUUAUGACUUCAAUAAUUUAUUGCACAAACAACUUGCUGCAAAACUCAGAAAACUAUAAACACCAGAAAUAUUAUGGAAAGUUGUUGUGUUCCAAAUGCUAAACUGGUGUGAGGAAACUAAACUGCAAACAGCAGCUGUAAUUGGUUUGGGGUCUUAACCCUUUAAUUCUUAAGAGUGACUGGCAUCUAAUUUCUUCUCGCCAUAUCACCCCUGAAUCAAACAUUAAGGUCAGGAGAAUAAAGGAGCUGAUCACUCAUUAGAGAAGAACUUGAUUGUUAAGCAAAUUCUCCAUUUUGGCAUCUUAGGAAAUAUUUAGAGAACAGUAUGGAGAAUAUGCAUACUGAUGUUAGGGUGUAAAGGGUUAAGAUUUGCUCUUUUUUUGUAGAUGAAAUUUUGAUUGAUCAGUACAGACAGGUAGUUGACUUGUUAAAAUCAAAUCAAAGUGUUUAUAGUUUUCUGAAUCUCAUUGAAAUGAUUAUUCAAACAUUAUGGAAAACAACAUUACGUUGCUCUCUUUUUGUGUCCUUGUAUUUCGAAAUCCAGAAUUGCAUUAACUAAUGGCAAUAAAUAGAUUUUGUGGCUGAGAUCUGUCAUGUGUCCUUAACUUUACAUUGAGUGAUCAGCAUAAGCAAUGUGAUCUUUCAGAAUCAAGAAAUAAGACUUCCUUCAUCUUGCUCUUUUACAGAGCUAGUGCUAGCCAUUAGGAAGAUGGAUGCAUUCUUGUGAAAUUGUAUGUAGAAAAUUUGAAAUAGAGUCUUAACCCUUUGACUCCCAAGAUCUCAUUAAUAAUUCUCCUUACUGUCUGCUAUACAGUUCUUGUGAUGACAGUUUGGAGAAUUUGGGAUUGGAUCAACUUAUAAUUCCCUAAAUUGAUAUUUUUCUUUAUUCUCAUCACUUUUCUGCUCGAUAUUGUAUUGAUAUAAAGAGAAAUUCUGUCUUGGUCACUUAUGGGAGUUUAAGGGUUGAACCUAAUUUAUAGAACUAAACUGAUUUACUGAAAUUAUUGGAAGCAGUCUUUCCUGUUUCCUUUCCACCAAGUGGCAAUUUAGCAAAGGCAUUACAUGAAAGGGGGGAUGGGGGGGGGGGGGGAGAAGAGGCCUUCUGCAGAGAUAAAGAUUUAAUUAAUCAACCUUACAUGUUAUUGCUUCUCAUGGGCAUCAGCUUAUGUGUCAACCACUCAAAUAAUCAUUUAUCUUCCCCAUUCCCAGCCUGUGUACAGUUCCCCCCUGCCCUCUGAAUUUUUUUUUCAGGAUGGGGGGUGGGAUAAGGGGGGUGGCUGUAUACAGGCUACCCCACCCCACUCCCUCAUCUCCCUUUGUAACUUGCUAUCACCUUCUGCCUUAACACGGCUUCUAUUUCACUCAUACUUCCCUGUUCUUGCUUCCCUUCUUAGAAAUGGGAAAAGACUGCUUCAAAGGCUUAUAUGAUGGAUAAUAUUUCUUUAUUUAUUCAGUAAUGCUUUGAAAUAUGGGUUUAAUUAAUUACUGAAACUAUCUUUGAAUAAUUUAUUAUAAUUAAAUGAAUUUUUAUAAAAUUAAUUGCUGAGAAAAAGAUGUCUGACUAAAUUUGUAGCUGUGUGAUCUAUAUUUAGAGCAGUAUUACUGGGCAACAAACAAACAGAAUGUUGCAAAGUGGAAAACAACAAAAAGUGAAACUUUCUUGGAGCUGUUUGAAAUGCAAUUUCUGUUGAAUUAAAUAAAGUGGUUAGUGAAAUAUGGGAAUUUUUCUUUUCAUCUUUCCAAAAAAAUGGUCUUUUAACUUGCAUUAAAAUUCAG